CGUUUACAAGUAAGACUAUCAUUUGUUCAUUUGGCACGGGUAUUCGAAAGCAGAUAAGAUGAUCUUUCUUAAUCUCUUGCUAGCUUCGCUUGUGGGAUUUCCCCUGGUAGUAUUUGGUAGUCUUUUUGUUGCAUAUGUUUUAUAUCUUCAUUACGUGCAUGUGAAGUACAGCCAUGUUCCUGGACCAAAGCGGAAAAGUUUUUUCACCGGGAAUGCUGCUGAUUUGAAGCAGGCUGCCAUAGAUGGCAGAGUGUAUGAAGAUGUGUUCCUUGAUUGGAAUAGGGAAUUCGGGCAGGUUUUUAUAUUCUAUCUCUACUACCAGACCUUUGUUCAUGUGUACAUUCCUGAAGUUGUAAGGGAAAUGUUAGUGUUGGACAACUAUCCGAAGUUCGGGAUUGGCUUAGAGGGCUUGGCAUGCAGUUUUGGCCAGCGUUUAAUGGGCCGAGGUCUCGUGACCGAGUUGGAUCAUGAAACCUGGAAACCACAGUCCGCCAUGUUCAGCCCAACCUUCCAUCGAAACUACCUGAAGACCUGUAUUGUCCAGUUCAACUCCAGCAGUGACGCUCUAGUUGAGUGUUUGUACAAGAAAGCUGAUGGGAAAACAGAAGUGAACAUGAUGGAUAUGUUUAACAUGGUUUCACUGGACAGCAUCAGUAAGGUUGCUUUCGGUAUGGAUACGAACGUAUUUUCUGAUGAAAAAUCUACAUUCUGCACAGAUAUGCAAUUUAUGGUGAAUUGUGGUGUAUUACUACUCCGAAAUCCACUAGUUUGGCUAAGUCCUUUUAGAGACCAUAUUAAAUUCCGAAGAGAGUGGAGAGCUGCUGCCAAGAGAAUGCGGGAGAUGGGACGACAGUGCAUUAUGGGCCAGAUGGAAGCGCUCAAACGAGGCGAGAAACUGGACAACAACAUCCUCAGUCAUAUUCUGCAGUCUGCAGCGCCAGAUAGUGACAGCAAUGACCUGGAGUUGAUGAUCGAUCAUUUUGUGACAUUUUUCUUGGCAGGUCAAGAGACGACAGCGUGUCUUAUGGCAUCUACAUUGCUGGAGCUUGGGAGACAUCCAGAAAUAAUGUAUAAGAUGAAGACUGAAGUUGAUGCAGUGCUUGGUGAUGAUGGAUAUGUCAGCUUUGAAGACCUAUCCAAAUUGAAAUACACAACUGCUGUUUUGAAGGAAACCUUACGUUUCCAUUCCCCUAUUCCAUCUGUGGGGAGGUUGACACCGAAAGACGUGGUGUGGAACGGUAUUAAAAUCCCUGCUAAUACAAACAUCUCGGUUUGCAUUAUGAACCUGGCGAGACAGAAGGAGUAUUUCGAAAACCCAGAAGAAUUUAUGCCAAGCCGAUUCUUGGGUGGAGACAACAACAACUACAUGUUCAUCCCGUUCUCACUGGGUCCAAGGAAGUGUAUCGGGAAGCAGUUUGCUAUGAUUGAGGCUCAGGUUGUCAUGGCCAAGUUAGUGAAGAGUUUCACCUUUGACCUCGUGCCAGGUCAGAGUUUCGACUAUGUAAGGAGCAUUACCUGCAAGCCAAAGGAUUCGUGUCAAGUAUACGUCAAACCGGCCGUACCUAAGUCUGACGUAAUGGAAGAAGUUGAGUAAACAUUUAAAAAUAUAUAAAUUAUAUCUAUUGAACAGAUGUUUUUUCUUUUUCUUAAACAAUUUAUUUGGCUUUUCUGGUGUGAGUUAGCUCCCCAAAAAGUGUAUGAAGAAUUUCCAUUUUAAACAAGAAUUUGUUGUAGUGUUUAUCUUUUUUUAAAUAUCAACCUUAUAUGUAGUAUUUAAACUGCAAUACUGCACUGUGGUCGUGGCCAUAGCAGGCCUAUAGGGGUGUGGAAUCAAAGGCAUGGACACAAUUGGUAAUUACUCAAAAACAUUUAUUUGGUAACGAACAAUGGAGAGAUGUUGAUAGCAUAAAACAUUGUGAGAAACGGUUCCCUCUGAAGUAACAAAGUUUUUGAGAAAGAGGUUAUUUCUCACCAAAACAUGAAGUCUUCCAGGCCUAUAAAGCCCUUUUUUGGCACCUGAAAUCAGACAAAUCUGUGCAUCAAGAAUGUUUUUUUCUUUCAUUAUUCUCUUGCAACUUCGAUGACCAAUUUGAGUCCAAAUUUUCACAGAUUUGU